AUGUCUUCAUCACUUUCAAGAUCAAAAUUAUUUAAACUGAAUAAAAAUUUAAAAAAAUCAAAAAAUCUUGUUAUAUCAGGUCCAAUAGAUGAAAAAGAAUUAUAUAAUUUACAAAAUUAUAAAUAUAAUCAAAAAAAUCAAAAUCAAAAUAAUAAUAAUCAUAUAAAAGAUCGAACAAAUUCCAAAUUUCAUCAAUCAUCACCAAAGAAAAAGACUUACAAAUAUAAUUGUAGUUAUGAAAAUCAUAUAAUUUUAAUAUCAAAAUAUAUAUUUGAAUCAAAAAAUCAAAAUGAAUUAUCAAUAACGGCAAAAAAAUUUUAUAAAUUAAUUAAAAAAAUUGGAAAUGGUUGGUUAUUAGUUUGUGAUAUUGAAAAUAAUCAAAAUAAGGGGUUAGUUCCUGCUUCUUAUAUGGAAAUUGGUAUUAAUGAUAUUUUAAAUCCAAUUACAUUAGAUUGGUUACAUCAUUAUGAAAUUGAUACAUUACCAAUAGAGGAUGAAAAUUUAAUUAAUAAAAAUUUUGAAAAUCCAAUUGAUUGUUUAAUUGAUGAAAUUUAUCAAGAUUUAAAUAAUAAAAAAAUUUGGUAUUGUUUAAAAUUUCAAUAUGAUUCAAAGUUAAUUUAUAUAAAUAGAAAUUAUGAACAAUUAAAUCAAUUUUAUGAGAGAUUAGAUAAUGUGGGUUUACAACAAUUUCCAAAAAAUGUUGAAGAAUUUAAAAAAUUUAAUUCACAAGUAAUAAAUCAAUUAAGAACAUUAUGUUUUGAACUAAAUUCUUUUUUCAAGCUGAAUCUAAAUAAUCCUUCAUUUCAAUUACAAUUAAAUCAAUUAAUUUUUGAAGAUGGUAAAUUUAUCGAGAUUUACAAUGAUGAUGAUGAAAUUUUAACAACAACAAAUAUAAUAUCAAAAUUUUCAACAAAUUCAAUAUUAAUUGAUAAAUUAACAAUUCAAAAUUCAAAUUUAAAUUUAAAUUCAUCAUCAAAUUAUCAAUAUUUUAAAACUGAACCAUUACCAAAAUUAGAUCGAAGUUUUUCAUCUUCUAUAACAACAAAUUCUUCACCAAUACAAAUAUCACCAAUUAUUCAACAACAAAGAUCUUUUUCAACAUCUGCAGUACCAAUUACUCCAAAAUCGAAUUUAAAUAAAUUUAAUUAUUCAAAUACUUCACCAAAUUCAAUAAUUUUUAAAUCUUCAAAUUCUUCAAACUCACCAAGUUCUGUAAAUUCACCAGUUUCACCAAAUUCACCAAAUUCAAUUAAAUCAUCAAGAAAAAAUUCACAAACACAAACUUUAAAAUCAAGAUCAAGAUCUUCUUCAAGUUUAAAUUCAAGAGUUUAUAAAAUUCCAGAUCAAUUAAAUUUUGAAACAAAAGAAGAAGAAGAAGAAUUAUUACAACAAUUAAAUGAAAAUGAAUAUGAAACGCAUAACAAUUCUACCCCCAAUGUAAUUUGUGAACAACAACUUCAAAUUAAGGAUUCUCAAUCACUAUUAGAGCAAAAACAUCAGGAAACAGAAUCAUCCCAUUUAAAAUUACCUGAAUCAAUUAGUUGUAAUACAUUAAUGAGUUAUGGAUCAUUAAUUGAUGGAUAUGAAGAUACUUCAAUUAAUGAACAAGAAAUUAAUGAACAAGAUGAAACUUUCUCAGUUAAUGAACGAGAAAACAAUGAAACAAAAGAAAAAGAUGAAACAAAUAAUGAUAAAACAGACUUAAUUAAAGAGAAUGAAAUUAAUGAAAUAAAUAAUAAAAUUGAUAAUUUAAAUUUUGAACCAAAACCACUUAUAAAUAGUUAUGAAACUAAAUCAUCAAAUAUAAAUAAUAGUGAUAAUAGAAAUUCAAAAAGAACAGAUUCAACAUCAAGUUCAACUUUAAGUUCAAAUAAUUUAUCUAUUGAUACAAAUAAUUCAUCAAUUGAUUGUUGUUUUAAUCAAAAUCAAAAAAAUGAAAAAGUUUUAUCACCUUUAAAAUGUCAAAUUAUACAUGAUUUUGAAACAAAAGAAGAAUGUAACGAAGCAACUGAUAUCAAGAAGAGUGAAAAUUCAUCAAGACAAUCCAAAACAAAAACUAAAGAUUUUGAACAAUUAAUAAAUAUACCAAAAACUCCAGUUCUAAAUAAUAAUUUAAAUGAUUUAUUGUUAGAGAAUAAUGGAUUAACAACAACUUCAACUCCUCCGACUACAUCAUCAACUAUAAAUCAACAUAAUUCUUUACAAAAUUCAAUAAAUACAAUAUCAACAUCAAUAACAACAUCACCAAUUACUGUAAAAACCCAAAAUUCAUCAAUUAAUAAAUUUUUUACAAAUAUUACACCACCUUUAAUAAUUGAACAACCAAGAGACUCAUAUUCUUCAAAUAAUUCUUCACUUGUUAGCUCACCAAUUACUCCAACUUCAAGAAAUUCAAAUCCAAAUUCAAAUUUUUUAAAAUUAAAAAUUUAUUUAAAUAAUUCUGAUAAAGAUAUAAUAAAAUUUAAAAUUUUAAAAUCUGAUAUAAAAAAUUUAAAAAAUUUGAAAAAGAUUAUAAAUUUAAAACUUGGUAAAGAUAUUGGAAGUUCAUCAUUUAAAUUAAAAAUUAUUGGUUUAAUAAAUGAUAGAGAAAUUGAUGAUUCAAAUGAAAUUGAAUUUAUGAAAACACUUAUAAAUAUUGAUAAAUGUAAAUUAGCUUUGAUAGGUCUUUAA